GAAAAAAGCACCAACUUCUACAUUCUUAUUUCUCUCUUUUCAUCUUCUUAUUAUAACCAAGGGUUUGGGUUCUGCAAAAAUGGGUUUUAUACGGCCACCGGCGGUGAGAAGCGGCGAUUAUAUAGAAAGCAUUUUCGGCGAAUAUUCCGCCGGGAAAACAAAACCUAGCCGGAAACUUAACUCGGCCAAGUUCGUGACGGCACUGACGUGUCUUCAGUUCGCAUUUGCCGUCUACGCCACCGGACUUCUCUACUACAUGAGUCCUUCCAUUGACUUAAGGGCCAAGCCAGACUUCACUUGGGCCACUAAAUGGGCCCAUAACAUGCGUAGUUACAUUGUUACCCCUCACGUCGUAAGCCAUUACCAAGACUCUGCCUCUUUUCUCAAAUCGGAGAAUUUUCCGGUGAUGGUUUCUCCAGCGGAAGUUUGCGAGUACGAGAAGAUUGAUUUCUCGCAGAAAAAAUCAAACGACGAGAAAAUGAUCAAGAUGAAGCGAGAGUUAUACGACGACGUUUUGGGUUACCAGAGGAAGAAUCUUGGGUCAGAGAGUUUAGAAGAGUUGAUGAAGAUGAAGUCAAAAUGGGCUUUAAAUGGGCCUAAUAAGCCCAAAGUAACAGUAAUACUAAAUCACUUCAAGAGGAAAACACUUUGUGCUCAGCUUGAUUCUCUUCUCCACCAGACGCUACCGUUUCACCAUGUCUGGGUUUUGGCCUUCGGGAGUCCUAACGAAGCUUCUCUCCGGCGAAUCGCCGGAAGUUACAACGAUUCUCGAAUCAGCUUCAUCAGCUCAAACUACGAUUUCAAAUACUAUGGAAGAUUCCAGAUCGCGCUUCAAACAGAAGCAGAUCUGGUUUAUAUCCUCGACGAUGAUAUGAUUCCUGGGAAGAAAAUGCUUCAGAUGCUCUCACACGUCGCCGGAACUGAGAAAUACGAAAACUCUGUUUUGGGAAGUAUCGGAAGGAUUUUACCUUUCCGGCAAAAGGAUUUCACGUUUCCGAGCUAUAGGAAGUUUAGAUCUAAGGAAGCUGGCCUUUACUUGCCUGAUCCAGCUUAUGACAUCACCUUAGAUCGGAUUCUUCAGGUUGAUUUCUUAUCAAGCUCGUGGUUCUUAUCGGCGGAGCUCGUGAAAGCGUUGUUCAUCGAAAAACCAUUCACAUUCUCUACCGGUGAAGAUCUUCAUCUCAGUUAUCAGCUUCAGAAAUACAGAAAUGCAGGUUCGUUUGUUCUUCCCGUUGAUCCAAAUGAUAAGGAGACUUGGGGAGAUAGUGAACACAGGUUAGCUUAUGUGUCUGAGACUACUGUGAUAUUUAAAAACAUUGUUGAAGUAAGAGAUAACCAGUGGUGGAAAGCGCUUUCUACGGGUUAUGUGACUCAAUGGGCUGCAAUGUAUCCUCAGAAGAUUGAUGCUUUGUUUUACGCGCAUUCGAUUGAUGAAGUUAAAGCACUUGGUCCUUUGCUGGAGAAGUUUAGAGGUACUGUUGGUAAAAAGGCUUAUAUCGCGGUUUCGGGUGGGAAGUUCUGUCCGUGUGAGGAUGCGGCGUCGGCUUUGAGGUGGCCUAAGGUUGUUUGUAAGGAGAGGAGAUUCAAGAUUUUUGAUUUGGAAGUUGGGGCUAUUUUGGGUGUGUCGAACUCAGAGGUGCCUGUAUUUCAAGCUGUGUAUUCGAGCAUGAAAGGGCUUAUUAAGAUUCAUAAUCCAAGCGUGGUGAUUACGGUAGCUGAUGCUGAUCCGAAUGUCAAGAAAGCUUUGAAAAUGGCUACCGAGACUAAUUCUAAUGGCACCGCAUUGGUUCUUCUACCGAGAGCUUCUAUCUCCAAGGUUCUCUGGAUGGCUGAUCUAAGAUCAACAGCAUUGCCAAACUGGAAUAAGAUGAGAGUCUCAGUGAACAUCAUCACCCAAAACCGAGCUCAAUCUUUAUUAAGAUUGCUUAGGUCUUUGAGCAAUGCAUACUACCUUGGUGACGAAAUAUCACUCAGCUUCAACAUGGAUAGCAAAGUGGAUGAAGAGACGAUCAAUGUAGUGAGCACAUUCGAUUGGCCUCAUGGACCAAAAACACUAAGAAGAAGAAUCAUCCAAGGAGGCUUAAUCCGUGCUGUGAGCGAGAGUUGGUAUCCAGCUUCUGAUGAUGAUUUUGGUCUCUUGCUUGAAGACGACAUUGAAGUCUCUCCAUAUUAUUUCCUCUGGAUCAAAUACGCUUUACUUGCUUACCACUACGACCCUCAAGUCUCUUUCCCUGAACUCUCCUCGAUCUCUCUUUACACGCCCAAAAUCGUUGAAGUUGUCAAAGAGAGACCCAAAUGGAACCCAACAGAUUUCUUCAAGCAAAUCCAUCCUCACACACCUUACCUUCACCAAUUACCAUGCAGCUGGGGAGCCGUUUUCUUCCCAAAGCAAUGGAGAGAGUUCUAUGUCUACAUGAACAUGAGAUUCACAGAGAACGCGAAAGCUAACCCGGUUCAGAUUCCGAAAUCAAGAACCAACGGUUGGCAAGCGUCAUGGAAGAAAUUCUUAAUCGACAUGAUGUACCUGAGAGGAUACGUUAGUCUAUACCCAAACUUCCCUAACCAAUCAAGCUUCUCAACCAACCACAUGGAACCAGGAGCUCACAUCGCAGCUAAAGACAAUGUGGUGAAACACAACAAAACCGAUUUCGAAGUUCCAUUGCUUAUGGAUGAUUUCAGAAACUUCUUACCGAACCAGAAACUCCCUCCGCUUUCUAAGCUUCCAUCACUCAAUCUCUUCAACAUGCCGGUUUCGCUUAAAGGUCUUAAAGCUGCAGGAGCUAAGCUUGGUCAAGAUGUUCUUCGUUGCAACAAUGUCUCUGAGAUUGUCGCCGUCAAUCAUCAGACAGGUUUACCGGCUAGAUGCAUGAAAUUCUGA